CCUGGGGGUCCCGGUGUGUUCCCGGUGCUGGCCGUUCCCGCUGACCCCGCUCGGUCUCCCCGCAGCGCCGCGCCAUGAGGCUGUACAGCCUGAGCGUGCUGUACAAGGGCGAGCCCCGGGUGCAGCUGCUGAAGGCCGCCUACGACGUCUCCACCUUCAGCUUCUUCCAGAGAUCCAGCGUGCAGGAGUUCAUGACCUUCACCAGCCAGCUGAUCGUGGAGCGCUCGCAGCCGGGCAGCCGGGCGUCCGUCAAGGAGCAAGAGUACCUGUGCCACGUGUACGUGCGGAGCGACGGGCUGGCCGGCGUGGUGAUCGCCGAUAACGAGUACCCGCAGCGCGUCUGCUUCACCUUGCUGGACAAGGUGCUGGACGAGUUCUGCAGGCAGGUGAGCCGGGCGGAGUGGCCCUCGGGGUCCCCCGGCACCAUCAGCUACGCGGCGCUGGACGGGUACCUCAGCAAGUACCAGAACCCCCGCGACGCCGACCCGAUGACCAGAGUGCAGGCGGAGCUGGACGAGACCAAAAUCAUCCUGCACAACACCAUGGAGUCGCUGCUGGAGCGCGGGGAGAAGCUGGACGACCUGGUGUCCAAGUCCGAGGUGCUGGGGGCGCAGUCCAAGGCCUUCUACAAAACCGCGCGGAAGCAGAACUCGUGCUGUGCGGUGAUGUGACCCCCCCGCGGGGGGCUCCUGCCCCGGCCCCCCAGGCCCUCGCCCCCGCUCGGAUCUCGACCCGGCCCAGGACUGGACGCGGAACCCCGGCGGCUCCUGGGCCGCUCGCUCGGGCUGGGCCCCCCGGGCGCCGCGGCCGUGCCCGGGUCUCGGUGCUGAGGCCGGCCCCGCGCCGUGGGGCUGGGGGGGGAGCGCUGCAGCCCCCCGCCCUCGCCCUCCCCCGGGGCAGCUCCGGGCCGUGCUGUGCCCCUCCCCGCACCCAUGCCUGUAACACCAGCCGCUGCCUCGGCGCUGCCAGCCCCGGGGGGCUCGGGGACAGAG